GAGGUGGUCAAGGCCGCAGCCAUAAAAAGGCAAUGUGGAUAUGGCAUCUUAAAGUCUCUCGUUGAAUGCAAAGGCAGUCGUCUUCCAAUCUCAGACCAGGUUCUCAAGGCAGCUUCUGGCAACGAGUUUCAUGGAUUUCGCAUCAUGGACCUGCUACUUGACCAAAAAGGAAAAGGCUUUGUCAUAUCGGACAAGAUUCUGAAAUCCGCUGCUCACAAUACUACAAGAGAAGGGCUCGCAAUUAUGGAGCUCAUGCUUGGCCAAGAGAAUAGUACCAUUCCAAUUCCAAGGCCACUCGAUGAAACGGUAUAUCAAAGGGAUUAUAUAAAAGACCUCUUAAGACACCACUUUGGGCCAGGCUUUAUGGGAGCAGCCGAGGAUAGCAUGAUGGCUGACGGGGAGAAGUGGCCAUGUGUUGUAUAUGCUGGUAAUAGGUUGCAAUCAAGUUCAUAGACAAUUGCUGAGGGGGUGUUUUCUUGGUACAUUGAAAACAUGUGAUAUUAGCAAACAUGUCUACAUAUAGGCACCGAAAUUCUAUAACAGCUUGAUCUGUGCGUUAAGGAAUAAGGGACUUGGAUUGGUC